CAUAUGGAGUAACUGUGGAGGGUCGAGGGCAACGAUGCCAACGACGACGACGAGCCCAGUGCACCGCCCAACGAGGACGCGCCGCCGGAGGAAGGGCCCCCCGCGCAGCCGGCUGCCGCGCCCGAGGGGGGGUCCGCCGCGGAGCGCGCCGUGGCGGAGGUGCAGCAGAUGGCGCAGAUGCUCCUGGUGGAUGAGGAGGCGGGCGCCGGCCUGGCCUGGCUCGACCCGCAGAAGCGCGCCGAGUUCGCGCAGCUGUCGGCCAGGCUGGCUCGCGCGCCCGGGCCAGGUGCCGCGCAGCCGGAGCCGCGGCACGCGGAGCUGCGGCGCGCGAGGCAGGUCUACGGGUGCGCCCUGGAGCAGCUGCGGCAGCGGCGCGGCACAGGCGGCACGUGGCAGGUUCGGGUGCUCACGACUUUGCGGCAGGCCUUGGCGGCGAUCGACAGGCUGCUGCCAGCGCAGCAGCAACCACCGCCGCCACAGCGGAGUGCUUUGCCGCAUGGGCCGCAGGAGACCGUCCUUGCACGGAAAAAUCUCGGCCACGGCUUGUUCCAGCUUCCUCUGGCCAGCCUCGAUGAAGGGCAGCAGCAGCGGCAAAACUUGCUGCUCAAGGAGCACGAGCUUCACGCCGUCUGGGUCGGCAAUUUACCCGCCUGCAAUUCGCAGCAGAACCUCCAGAGCCUCCAGAAUGUCGUGUGCCAUCUCUUCAACGAGGCGGGCACCAUACAAUACAUUGACAUGCCGGUUGGCGGCCAUGUGUGCGUCCUAGGCUUCGAGACUGCGCAAGAAGCUCAGAAGGCCGUCGUGACUUUCAACGAGCACCGCUUCAUGUUCGAUUUACCACCUUGGCAGGCUUUGACGGUGUUGCUGAAAAAGGGCGCCACUCUGAUCCGUGUUGAGAAGGCCGCGAUCACGUCAUCGCUGCCAGGCUGCAGCAGCCUCACCGCCAGCAGCACAGGGGCCUCGCAGCCCGCUGCAACAGGAGGCGGAACAGUGGCCGCGCCUGUGCAGGAGCAGCCGCAGAGGAUCGUUAACGCGGCCAGCCCCCGUCGCCACGCCGCCGAGGGCCUGGCCGCGGAGCCGAUGGCCGCCGGCACCAGCGAGCCGCCGUCCUGGGGGCCCCGCCAGCUGCCGAGGCCGCUGCCGAAAAAGCUCCCUUGCGCCGCCAGGUCGUCCACGCCUCUGCGCGAGCGCGCGCCCCUCCCGGAGCCAGCCGCGCCCGCCGUCGCAGGCGCCCGGUGCCCAGUGACGCCCACGCGCCAGCGCGCGCCGCUGCCGCAGCCGACUUCUGCCGCUGGAGGCGCCGCUGCGGGGCCCAGCCGCGGAGGCGACCCCGAGGCCAAGGCUCAGCCGGCGCCCUCGUCUGCGCUCGCGACGCCGUCCGCGCCGACGCCCUCGUCUGCGCCGGCGCUCUCGUGCGCGUCGGCCGCUGCUGGGCCCGCUCCCCGAGGCGCCCUGCCCGCGGCCUCGGCUGCGCUUGCGCUGCCAUCGGCGCCAGCACCCUCGUCGGCGCCGCGCCGGCACAGUGGCAGCGCAGGCGGCGCUGUCGUUGGCGCGGCGAAGCCUCACAAGCGCAGCCCUGCGGCAGCCGCAGCGGGGCCAGCCCCGCCAGACGAGCUGCGCCGAUGGCUCGAUGGCCUGGACAAGGGCAAAGGAGCGCUGCUGGCCUACGCCGAGGCCCUUGAGAGGGAGUUCGAGGGCAGCCUGGUGCAGAUCCAGGCUUGCCUCCUCGAGGGCGCGACGGCGACCUCCAGCGCCCUCAGCUGCGUCGACGGGGCAUUUUUCGAGGCGAUCGGCUGCAGGAUGUUCGGGCACAGGCUCCUGCUGGCGAGCGGCAUCAAGAAGCUUGCUGGCCUCGUGCAGUGAAUAGUCUGUGUUGGUCGGGAGGGAUCAGGGACAACGAGAGGCGCGCAGGGGGGAGGGAACGGAAUUGCGCUGCUUUCUCAGCGCUGCCCCGACGCUCGCUCUCGGCGCGGAAGUGCCGCGCGCACGCGCGCCCUGCGAACGACCGUGCGGCAUACUCUGCGAGGCUAGCGGCUGCAGGCGGCCCUCGCGCCGCGCGCCGUGAGCGCGGGCGACAAAGGCAUCGAGUCGAAGGGCCGAUCGCGCGAACUCCUCUGGGACCCGGUCGACCUUCGCUGGGG